CACCAGACUCAAGUGAUUGACUGAGCAGUCAGCCACGCUUAGGUACGCUGUGGUUGGGUGAGUGACAGGAGAGAAGAGAAACUCGACCUCUAGGAGAGCACUAACAAUCUACCUUAUGUGUGGCUCCUCUCACGGCUUUAAGGCCUCCUCUUCUGAAUGCACCACAGACAUGCUAACCUCAGAGAGAUCACCGCAGAGCAUAGAAGCCACCCCUGAGGCUAUGACAGGUACACAGGAUGUAGAUAUGAGAUCAUGGAGCGAGGCCGACUUUGAGGAGAAGUCCACUUAUUUUGUGAAGGACCACCCUCUGGAGGAAGAGUCCAAAAGCCAUGGCAAGUUGAGAGCAGAGAGAUCUUUACCCAGAAACCUUGUCCUGAAACGUAACCACAGCUCAACAGAGGUGCUUGGGGUGACCAGUAAAGAGUUGAUUCCAAAGGGUACCCGUUUUGGCCCUCUCGUUGGGGAAAGAUACACCAACAAAAUGUUGCCAAAAGAUGCUGACAGCAGGUUCUUCUGGAGGGUCUUUUCAGAUGGGCAUCUUCACCAUAUUCUAGAUGGUUUGGAUGAGCAGCAAAGCAACUGGAUGCGUUAUGUCAACCCAGCACGAACAGUAGAGGAGCAGAAUCUGGUUGCCUGCCAGACUGGCUUGGAGAUCUUUUUUUACACAAUUAAACCACUUCAGCCAGGUCAGGAGCUUCUGGUGUGGUACAGCUCUGAAUUCGCCCAGCGUUGUAACUACCCUCAUCUUGGCCAACUAGCUGUUGAGAAGAAUGAGCAGAUCCAGGCUCAUGAGAGGACGAAAGGGAAACGAGGACACACUGUUUCUGAGAUUCUCCGAGAUGAACCUUCCAAACCUAAAUCUAUCUGUCUCAGACACCAGGACAGUCGGGUGUUUCAGACUGGUGUUUCAGUUUUUCCCUUGUGUGCCAAUAUUGUCUACCCAAUGCAGGCUAACUUGGAAUCUGCUCAUAGCUACAGAUAUCUCCCUUUGGCACCCUACAGCGCUGCUACUGCUAAAAGGCCCACAUUGAGCACUCCCAUCCCCACUAGCUCGCAUUUUGCCCUGCAACACAGUCAAGAUCCUGGAAAAACUGAACCUCACCAAGAACCCUGUGUGUCUAAUGAUAUUCACUCUACUUUCAGGCACAGUCCUUAUCUACUGCCUCACUACUCACUGGGCCUUCUGUCACAUUCAUUACCAUUCCACAGUGAACGAUUGAAACCCGACUGGACCACAUCAUCUAAUUUCUUGCCUUUCAACAACUAUGGACACUUCCUACAUCCUUUGGGUAGUGGAUCAAAAUACUUUUCACCUGCACCGUCCAAUUGCAAAGAAGAUCUUAUUAUUUCACAAAACAGUGAACACAAAGAUACCAAUGACCUCUACUUCAAAGCGACAAGCUACCUCAAGAAUACCUCAAAUGACCUUAGAGACCUCAAACACUCUGCUGGCACCAACGUCUACACAGACUUCACUGUAUCGACCAAAGCCAGCUCCCCACCCAAUGACAUUAAUCACUGUAGGGAGCCUUCUGUUGCACCUCGGGAAUGCUCACCCCCUGUUGGCACGGCUGCCUCCUCAAACUACUUUUGUUCUAAACCUACCUCUGCCACUCAGAGCAAUACUGAAGAUGCAAUGGAUCUUAGAAGGCAAAAGAGAGGAGGGCCAGUCAUUGGUUACAAGACCCUGUCCUACCCACUCACAAGGCAAAAUGGAAAGAUUCGGUAUGACUGCAACAUCUGUGGAAAGGUCUUUGGGCAGCUAUCCAAUCUCAAGGUUCAUCUGCGAGUGCACAGUGGUGAGCGUCCAUUUAGAUGUCAGACCUGUAACAAGAACUUCACUCAGCUGGCACACUUGCAAAAACACUACCUGGUUCACACAGGAGAGAAGCCUCAUGAGUGCAAGGUGUGCCAUAAGCGAUUUAGCAGCACUAGCAACCUGAAGACCCACCAGCGGUUACACUCGGGUGAGAGGCCUUACCAAUGCAAGCUCUGCCCAGCCCAAUUUACUCAAUUUAUUCACCUCAAGCUUCACAAACGGCUGCAUACAGGGGAGGGGACCCACCGCUGUCCUCACUGCUCCUGUACUUUUCUUCACUACUGCAGCCUACAGGUGCAUCAAGGCUUCUGCCCUCUGUCCCCCUCAGCAUCCCGUAGGCUGUCACCGGAGGAGCAACAACGAGUCAACUCUGAGAUAGAAAGGUUCGACAUGAGUGAGGCCGCAGAGCAGCUCGAAGUUAUAGCCACUGAGGCUGAGAUGGACAAAGGGAAUGUCAUUGACCUCAUACAAAAGAUAGAGAAUGAUGCCUUAAGCCUCCAGGAUGCUGCCAGCGGGAAGGCUGAGCUGAAUAUCUCCAGAUCAGCAAGAGAGUGUAUCGGUGCUCAGAUGCAUUAUCACAGUCCCAUAGUUUUGCAACCAACAAGCAUCAAGCUGGAAUCAGGCUACGUUUCAGAAACUGACCUGCAAAUCCAACCAGAUAAUCCUUAGAGGCCAACUCAGCAGCUGUCUGUCACUGUCCUGCUUAAAGUAAAGCCUUUAUACUCUACAGGGAAUUGAGCUCAUGAAGAGUCAAGAUAUUGCCAGCAUGGCCUGGGAAAAAAAGACUUCACUGAUUUGAUUUCCUUAUGUUUUUUAUAAUUUAUUCAAUUACUGAUUUAAAUCUAAUAUGUAUCAAAAUAGAUACUUGAUAUAUUUUUUGUCAACUAUUUUAAACAUCUGAAUACAAUAAUAAAUUAUUUCCAAAAUGUAA